AUGAGCCAUUUUGUGACUCUUCGUGUUUUCGAUGUGAAACUUCAGCCAACAGAAAUGGACACCCUGGAUCUGUUGAGGAAUUGUUUGGUGUGCAAAUGGGACCUGCGGAGCAGAGACCCCAGAAUGCUACCUUGCCUUCAUUCCUUCUGUAAGGACUGUCUUCCGGAUUUGAUUCAAGGAUAUAGCUGUAUUCCCACUGAGUACGAAGUUCUAUACGAAGGUAUCCUUUUCUGCCCUGUGUGCAAACAGACCUGCUUUGCAAGGGAAGUAGUUGAAAAUUUCUUUCUCAAGGACUUUCCCACUGGUAAUUCAGCUAUGGCAAAGAGCUGCUUCACGUGUAAAGAGAAGAGACCUGCUCACAGUCUCUGUACAAGCUGCAAUAAGUGGUUGUGCAGCUCAUGUACAGAGGAACACGGACAUGGCAAGGAAACUGGAGACUGCUUCCUGUCUGUAUCCCUGAAGGGCUGCACAGCAACUGAAGAUGAAGCAAGUGAGUUUUCGUUAUUUUGUCCAGCGCACACUCGAGAGCCACUCAAGCUGUUUUGUGAGACCUGUGAUACCCUUACGUGCCGCAGCUGCCUUCUGACAGAGCAUAAGGAACACAGUUUCAGACAUCUUGAUGAAGCUUUGCAAAAUCAGAAAGUUAUCCUGGAAAAUGUCAUAACUAAAGUGGAAGAGAAAAAAAAUGUGAUUCAGGUUUCAGCUAAACAGAUUGAAGACAGGUUGCUUGAAGUAAAACAUUUAUACAAAAAGGUAGAAAAUCAAAUAAAAAUGGCCAAGAUGGUUUUGAUGAAUGAAAUCAAUAAACGAACAAACAUCCUUCUUGAACAACUUGAAAAAAUCACCAGUGAAAGGAAGCAGAAAUUGGAGCAACAACUGCAAGGUAUUGUGGUUUUAAGCCGACAGGUAGAACAUGUGCAGAACUUCAUCCGUUGGGCAGUGUGCAGUAAAAACAGCAUCCCAUUUCUCUUCAGUAAAGAACUGAUUGUGUUUCAGAUCCAGCGCUUGUUAGAGACAAACUGUAACACAGACAUAGGCCCUCCUCUGAAGAUCAGAUUCACUUGGGAUCCCUCCUACUGGACUAAACAACUGUCCAAUUUGGGAGGUUUCACUAUGGAAGGUGGACACAUUUCUCACUCAGAUGUGCUAUUCUGUGGAAAUGUACAAGGAUUACAGACCUCCUUGUAUCAUGGGCACCGUUCACCAGCAUCACAGCUGGAGCCUGUGAAUAGCCAGCCACAUCAGUUUCCACCUGCAGUUCAGUGUCCGACACCUGUGUGUUGCUCUCACUGCCUCAGCGUACCUCACCCAAACAAAGCUCAGCCUUCUUACCAAGACAUAAACCACCAUCAAAAUUUUCGACAACCUCCUGAACUGCAUCAGCAGCACUUUCCUCUGCAGUACAGCAUGCAGCAACAUGACAAAGAGCAAAGGGGUCCCCUUCAGCCUAUGAAGCUAAUGCAGCCUGGGCUGGAACAGCAGUCACGAUCAGAGCCAGAGAAUGUGUCUGCGAGGACGGGAAAGCACUUACCAUCCCAGCAGCUGCAGCAGACUGCACCCCUGGCUUAUGCUGUUGUAUCGCAUGAGGCUCAGCAAGUUCACACGAACCAUCCACAGCCAUUCCACACACAGGCUUCUUUGCAGACAUCAACUGUGCAAGUGCAACUUGGUCAUCUCCAGAAGAUAAAGUCUAGCCACUUGCAGCAGCCACCACAGCAGCAGCAGCUGCCACCAGCAUCGCCACCAUCAGGUCAGAAUGAGAACACCCACAAACAAGUCAUCCAGCAGAGCCUGGACAUAAUGCACCAGCAGUUUGAACUGGAGGAGAUGAAAAAGGAUCUGGAGCUUCUUCUGCAGGCUCAAGGACAGUCCAGCUUGCAGCUGAACAAAGCCAAGCCACCUCAGCAUGUUCAACAGACCAUAGUUGGUCAAAUCAACUACAUAGUGAGGCAGCCAGCCCCAGUUCAGCAACAAAUCCAAGAUGAAGCACAAGUCUGUGAGAGUUCCGCUGAAGUUGAAGCCCAGAAGCCUGUAAUUCCUCUUGACAAAAGUGAUAGUCCCUCCCUGUCACAGUCACUAGAUGAAGAAGCCAGUGUCAGCAGUCAGUCCCCUGAGAGCACAUUGCGACAACCAGCUUUCCAUCCAGUGAGAAAGCGUUCGGCAUCCUUAAGCAUUGUGGGCUUUUCAAACGGUUUAGAAAUGGAAUUACCUUCAACAAGGUUAUCUAGCUCGGCUGAUCCACAGAUGCAAGGCACAGCCACUGUAACACUUGGCCCAUCCCCGAACGCCCUUUGUGACUGUGAUACUCCACCAGAGUCAGUGCCCAGCUACAGCUUGGCGUUGGGCAGAGCUCCAGGUGACCUGAGCCCUGGGGCUGCUGCUGGCCUCGCACCAGGUGAUGCACUCCAGGGCAGCACUAAGUGCAAGCUGGAAAAUGAAGACUUCGAUAUUGUAGAUCAUCCUCUAGAAAACAGCUUGGCUACUGCUGGGCAAGAUGUAGUUAAUGAAUUAACUCUUUCUAUGCAAAAAGUGCUGGAAGAACCUAUUAAUCUUUCGAUCAAAAAAUCUCAACAUUGCAAUUCUCCUUCUGAACUGCUCAGCAAUACUUCUUUCCUGCCCGUGAAUGCCAGAAUGAGACAACUUAGAAGUAAAGAAGAUUCCAAUAACUGUGAAAAGGAACAUUUUGAAAUGGAUAUGAAAAGCAAUCGGAAUGUCAGAGCUGGCCCUAAGGAGCAGAAGAUCCCCUAUGUGCGACUGGAGCGUCUGAAAAUAUGUACCUCAGAAGAGGGGGAGCUCCCGGUGUUUAAGCUCCAGCCACAGGACAACGAGCAGGAGGGUAAUUUCCUUCUGAUAAUUGAAUGUGGGACCCAGUCUUCAAGUAUGUCUAUAAAGAUAAAUAAUGAUAGUCCACCUGAAGGACUGAAAUCCAAAGAGGAGAACUCAGAGGACAGAAGAUUUCUCAUAUCCCAGGCUGCAGGACAGACACAAUCUCCUCCUGUAGAUACUCCGUCUGUUGAUCAGAAGCUCAGCAAUGGCAUCUCCAUCAUGAAAAAAUCUCCAGUUACUCAGGAAGCCAAUCCAAUCGAAAAUGAGGAUUUCUGCGCUGUGUGUCUUAAUGGAGGAGAACUGUUGUGCUGUGAUCACUGCCCCAAGGUCUUCCAUCUUUCCUGCCAUGUUCCAGCCCUGCUCAGCUUUCCAGUGGGAGAAUGGGUGUGCACGCUUUGCCGUAAUCCAUUGAAGCCGGAGGUAGAAUAUGACUGUGAAAACACACGCUACAGCCACAGCUAUAAUGCACAAUAUGGCCUUGAUGACUAUGACCAGAAGAAGUGUGAAAAGCUGGUGCUUUCCCUGUUCUGCAGUAGUAUGAGCCUCCCAUUCCAUGAACCCGUCAGCCCCCUGGCUCGGCAUUAUUAUCAGAUCAUCAAAAGGCCAAUGGAUUUGUCAAUCAUACGAAAAAAGCUGCAAAAAAAGGACAAGUCCCACUAUUCUGCACCUGAGGAACUUGUGACGGACGUGCGUCUCAUGUUUUGGAACUGUGCAAAGUUCAAUUAUCCAGAUUCAGAAGUUGCUGAGGCUGGACGAUGCCUAGAUGUAUUCUUUGAGGGCAAACUGAAGGAGAUUUAUCCAGAUAGGCAUUUUCCUUCAAUGCAACAAGAAGACUCUGAUUCUGAAGAAGUGGAGAGUCAGAAUAGCAAAAUGCUGCCCCAAGGUUUUCAGUGGCCAUCGUAUGGACAGGAGUGCAUUCAGCCUAAAAGGAGACGGCGCCAUGCUGUAAGAUUGCAAAAGCAAAAGCAUUUGGUUGCUAAGUGGCCACCCUGCUAAUUCUGUUUACAGCUACUGAUGGGAAGUUUUGACAGGGCUGUGUGGGAAAACUGUCAAGCUUCUAUCGCAGAGAUGUGAUCAGUUCUACAAUUUUAUGUCAAGAUCCUCUGAGUGGAAUAAAGUGUCAGUUGUGUAUAAAUGUGUGAGCAUGAACAAAUGAAGUCUCUCGGGCCACAGAGUUAUCUUCCUAGCAGAAAACUCUGUC